CCCGGAUUCAGUAAAGAAAGACAUCUUGUCAGCUAUCAUUAAGUGAAUAGUACCUACAGAAUCUGGUCGAUGGCAUCUCCCUUUGAGUAUAAUCGAAUCACUUCAUAUACCUUUUAUAACCUCCAAUUAGCACCUUUUUAGCAACAUUCCUAGAAUGGUGUCACUGGGGGAACAUCCAAUAGACCGUACCCGGAUAACCAACAGUUGCCCGGGCAGAGGGGCAUCGCCAUCUUCCGUCAGAGAUUGGAUCCGAGCAUACCUCUCUUACCGGGGACUCGACCCAGAAGCAUCCGAGAAAUUCCUCUGGCGUGGGAAAGAGCUCUAUCAAGCGAAGAUCCCAGAGCUGCGAGAUGCUUUCAAGAGGCAUUGUGACCUGCAAGACUGGGAAGCGGAUAUCUUAGCCAAUGACGUAUAUACUCUCCUCGAGGUACGUUGGAAGACCGUGAUUCGCAUGAGGAAGCUCAUAUCAUAGCAACCUCCCUUCGUUGAUAGGAUAAGUCCGUGCGAAAGGUUCAGAUGAAUUGAUUGCUAACGCGAUAUCCCGACCGCAGAGAGCAUUGUCUCCGUCCGAGCGCACGCCCUUCCAGACGUACGUCUACCGUCUCAUGGGCUUCGAAUACUACCGAAAACUUAUGUUCACCAC